AAUGUAAUUAUUGUAGUUCACGCUGACGAUAAAACAUCAAUUCACGCUUGUAAUUCGCUCGAGAAAGAUGCAGCUGAAAGCUCAAUGUCUUCGUGGCUUGUUCUCUCUAGCAUUGGUGCUUUUAUUGGGUAACUGGUUUGUUACGAACAUUAACGCAUAUCCAGUGCAGUUUAUUAAUCCUUGGAUAAUAAGACCGCUACAAAUGUUACCUAAAAUAGUGAAAACAAGGAAGUCUACUCAUAGCCCAUUUAUUAGCUACAAACUUGAUUUAUGGUCUCAAUAUAAUAAUCCUGAAGAAGGAGUACAACGAGAAGGAGAUAUACGUCGGAAAUCAAGAAAAACCAUUACAACGGAGAAAACUUUACUAUGGCCUAAUGGUAUCGUCAACUAUUACGUUCAUUCAUCCAUAGUUAAUGAGCCGCUAAAAUUCAUUAUGCUGGAGACUGCAUUACAAAUGAUAAUGUCGAAGACAUGCAUUAAAUUCAUCCGUAUUGAUGACUAUGCAGAGCUUUCAACAAAAAGUAAUUGGGUCAAUAUCACAGGUCACGAUGCGGGUUGCUACUCUGAUAUAGGAUGUAACGCUUACGGGCCAAGUGUAUAUCAUGAGCAUAUGAGACCAGAUCGCGACAAAUACAUCAACAUAAUAUGGGAAAACAUGAGAAAGGGAGAUGAAUUCAACUUCGAGCUAUUAAAUAAUAGUAUCGUGACUAAUUAUGGAUUACCAUAUGAUUACGAUAGUAUAAUGCACUAUUCUAUGACGGCGUUUUCUACUAAUCGGUCACUUCCUACAAUAAUACCUAAGAAUUUUUAUGUGGAGGUUGGUCAAAGAAAUCACUUAUCAUAUUAUGAUAUACAAAAAUUGCAAAUUGCUUAUAACUGCAGCAGUACUGUCAGUACUAAUAAAUUAAAAAAGAAACAUUUGAACAAACCUAAGAAACAGAAGAAACUUCCUAAGCACUUCCUGCAUAAAAAAUUUCAAGAUACAACAGUCGUAAAAGUCAAUGGAUAG